AUGCACCAAGACCUGAAGGAAAGUUCCUCUGGGGAGGAGGUUCCCACAGAUCAUUACAUGAUCCUCGAUACCCUUGGUAUAGGCAGCUUUGCUGAAGUGAAACUUGCCUGUCACCGACAUACAGAGGUACAGGUUGCUCUGAAGAUUAUGAAAAACGACAAAAAGAAAGCUGCCUUGAUCACAAAUGAGGUAGAUAUCAUGAAAUUAUUGAAUCAUCCUAAUAUAAUUAAGCUGUUCCAUGUCAUGGAAACUACUCAGCAUAUCUAUAUGGUUAUGGAACUGGCCUCUGGGGGUGACCUGGCAGGUCGUAUAGUGGAGGUUGGCUCCAUGCAGGAAGAGGAGGCCCAACACAUCUUCACACAGAUAGUAUGUGCAGUUAAGUACUGCCACGAGAAUAACAUUGCACACAGGGACAUCAAACCUGAUAACAUACUGUUAGAUAGCAAAGGAAGCAUCAAGCUGUGUGACUUUGGUCUGGCUACCAAAGUAACUGUUGGGCAGAAAUUAAAGGUUUUCUGUGGUACCCUUCCAUACUGUGCUCCAGAGCUUUUCAAUGACCAAGAAUAUGAUCCCAAGACACCUGAUAUCUGGAGCAUGGGAGUAGUUCUAUAUAUCAUGGUGACAGGGUACCUCCCAUUCAAAGCAACAACAUAUAAAGACAUGAAGGUAGAGAUGAAAGAUCCACAUUACUACAUUCCAUCAAAGCUUCCAGAAUAUAUUGUCAACCUCAUUGUGAAGUUAUUCACUAUUGACUCUGAGCAGAGACCCAAGAUACAUGACAUUAUAAAACAUCUGUGGCUCAAGGACAGUGAAGUACUUUUAAAACUAUCAUCUUCUUUGGAGAUGCUCCCUAGAAAACCAAACCUCAAUAUCAUGUCAGCCAUGCAGGUCAUGGGCUACAGUCCCAAAGACAUUAGAGACUCUUUACAUAAAAAAAAAUUUAAUAACAUCAUGGCAACUUAUUUAAUAUUAAAACACCAGUCAUUCUUGAGAAGCAACAUACACCAUCAAAUUAAACCUAUGCAGUUUGAUGUUACCAGUCCACCUUCAUGUCCUCCCAUGGCUUGCUUCUCCCUAAAUGGCACAGGAAGUGAUCCUGCUCUUCCCACUAACACCUUUCUGGCAAAACACAAGUUUCAUGAUAAUGACAAGAUUGCAAUGAAGGAGGGGAGCAGAAGGCUCAGCAUGCCUGACAUCUUGUGUUGUCAACAGAAGAGAACCAUCUUUCCUAAAGUAGCUUCUGAAUGUGGUCAUGUAGCUGUUCAUCUCAUGAGAAGCAUUAUUCAGAAGAGAUGUAUGACCUCAAAGGUGGUGGCCUUAGGCAGCACAUCCUCAGAAAAUAUUCUUUCUAGAAAUGAUAUUGCCCACAUGACACCACAGAGUAAAACCAACCCAAAAAACAGCUCAUCUCCCCAGAACACAUCGUCUGUAAUGAGCUCCACAGAGGCACCUCAAAGUGUCACAACCACAGACACUCAUCAGAAGGAACCACGCUCCACCAGUGCCCAGCCCCAGAGUGUGAUCACAGCCUCUUCCCAUAACGCUCUCAUGCCUAGCACUGAAUGUAUGGCUGUAGCCUUGGAUGGUGAUUAUACAACAAAACUUGAUACAAAGAAGCUUAUAUGGAAAGGCAGCAAUGGGGUGUUCAGCACGGCCUAA